CGCCUUUAAUUUUAUCAAUUUUUCAUAUUUAGAAGAAUUUUCAUUCAUUACACGUAAAAGUACAUUUUGUCAUGUGUUUUGUAGUAAAAAUAUUUAUUGUUAUGUUUGAAGACAGAAAUUAGUAAAAAUACAUUUAAGUUAAAAUUAAAAUUUUUAAUGGCUCCUCGAAGUAAAAAAGUGGAAAAAAAAAAAGAUAGUACACUUAUUGAUCAAUAUAACAAUGAUAGAUUAAUCAUCCUUCCAGAUAAUUUAACAAAUUGUCAAAUAGAAAGAGCGAAGUUUAUUGAUUUAAGACAUCCUCAAACAAAUGAAUUUGUUAAGUUUUUGUAUUCAGUUGAGGAAAAUACAUUAGCACAAAUAAGGUCAUUACCUUUCAGUCACAGGACUUUAUUCCAAAAAAAUGAAGUUAUUCCUAUUAAUAAAAUUGAUUUUAUUACACCGAUUAAUCCGUUAUUUAUUCUUUUGCCAUACUUAACCAAAUCUUCUUCAAUGUUUUGCCCAUUGGAUCAAAUUUUAAUUGAUGAAAAAUGUCCUGAAUUAAAUACUGUAUUAAUGGAAAUAUCAAAAAUUGCUAAUUUACCAAGUAUAUGUGAUGAUAAAGUAACUACUGGCUUCAAAUUGUGGAAAUUAAAUAAAAUUAAUAUGAUGGAAUGGUUAAACAAGAAAGUUGAUAAAGUUAUUAAAGUUUUAAUGCUUAAACAAAUAAAUGUUAACCCAAAUGCAGCUGUUUCAUCUACAUUUAAAUUAGACAAUAACCUACAUGAUUUGAAAGAUGAGUAUAAAAGAUAUGCAUUUAGCAUAAUUUCUGAGUAUUUACCUAGUGAGGUGCAAGUAUUAUUACAAGAACAUCUAGGAUUACCUGAAAAAGAAGAAAAUAAUAAACGCAAAGCGGAAAAUAAUAGCUUUAUAGAAAAUAAGAAAUUUAAACAUAAUGAGUCUGAAUACAAUGAAACUCCAAUAAAAGUUGAUAAGGUUGAUACUCCUAAAUUAACAGCAAAAGACAAAGCUCUUCAUAAAGCAGCCUCUGGCACUAAAAGUAUAUCAUCAUUUUUUAAAAAGAAAUAAUAUUCAAAAGUAGUGGUUUUUUUUUCAUUAUAGUUUUACUAUUUUUUUUUCUAAAAUUUUAAUUAUUUAUGCAAAUGAAAUACAAAAAAAUGUAUCAUUUGCAAAGUAUUUACAUUUUUAUUUAAGUAAUUUAUUUUAUUUACUAGACAUAAUAUAUUUAAUUUUUUUAAAUAAUAUAAAAAAUAAUUAAAAAUUUUUUAAGUGUGUAUUUUAAAAUUAAUAUAUUUAUUAUUUAUAUUCUUUUUUAUCAAAAUAAAUUUUUAUAAAUACAAAUUUGUAGCUAUGUGAACUUGGUUGAAUAUACAACUAUAGUUAUCAUCAUAUUUUAAUAGACUAGAACAUUGGAGGCAUUUGCAACAUAUUUUUGUAACAUGUUCAUAAAAAGUUUGUAAACAAAUUUUUGGCUUAUGAAAAUAUUGGCUAUCCUAUUGUUUUUUUUUUCAAGCUAAUAUGUUAAUUUAUAUAUUGUUCAAGUGAGCAAAACAAGAAAAUAAUUUGCAUUGUUUUAUAAAAUUCUGAUUUUUUAAGUAAAUAAAUAAAU